GCUACGUAUACAUAGAGUGCAGAAUGAUGCAAUGCAUGAGCACACGACCUAACGGCAUGAGGAGUGCUCAGCGGGAGCGAGGGACGAUCGCGCAGAGCUUUGCGUGCCGCAGUGCAUCAUGCCACUCCGGAUCCUCGCUCGGCGAGAAGAUGUGGAUUGGCUCGCAUUCAGACACUGAGGCUCUCGAUGGUUCGGAGGAGGCACGAGAGAUGCACGGAUGCACAUGCAAGGGCACAUGAGCGACGUUCGAGCUCCGUGGUGCUCCAGCGUUCCUUGCACGCCAAUACGGUGGGUCCCUCUUGCGUGUCCAGCAUACGAUCGAUUGUAUGGAGAUGAAGGGUUGCCAGUCGCUCGAGUGCCACACGACGCCAUAGGCGUCGUCGCCGGAGCUUGCGAGCGAUGGCAAUGUCGACCCCACAAGGCAGCACGCAGCUCGUAUCGAUCGAUGAUCGACGAGAGGUAGUGCUACGCAUCCUACACGCUGCAGCUGCCUUCAAAUUGAACUGGAGUAGCUUCACGGAAGAAGCGUCGGCACGGCAUCUCUCGUUCUAAUGAGGGACAAGGAGAUUGAUCAGUGAUCUAAGCGAGACACAUUCACAUACGAUCGUGCGGUGCUCAUCUCAAGCGAAAGCACGAUCC